AUGGAUUCUAUGGACAUAGCCAAUGCAGAUCUAUUGACCAGAGCGCACACCUGUCUCAACAAUCCCAUUUAUUCAGUCCAUCACGCCCCUUGGAAGCUAUACUUUGAUGGAUCUAAAACAGACUCAGCCUCUGGGGCAGGAAUUGUUUUAGAAGAUCCACUAACAAUCAAACAUUGUUAUUCAUUCCAACUAGAUUUCCAGUGCACCAACAACAAGGUAGAAUACGAAGCUUUAAUCAUAGGACUAGAGAUGCUAAUGGAACUAGUAAUCCAAUCUGUCGAAAUUCUGGGAGAUUCCAUGCUUGUGCUAAAACAGAUUGCUGGAGAAUACAAAUGUUUGAGCCCCUCUCUAGCUGUCUAUCUUCUGGCAACCAGAAAUCUCUUGACAGAAUUUAGGGAAGCCACUUGGGAACACAUUCCAAGAGAAGAAAACUUUGCAACUAAUGAGAUGGCCCAGAUAGUAAUAGGAGUAUAG